AUAGACGAACUAAAAGUAAACAGCUGCCUAACCUAAAAACACCGGGUUUAUUUUUCAAUCUAUCAUUGAAAGUUGUUUGCAUCUUUUAAUUAAGACGCUAAAACACGUUGUUAAACCAUUUCAAUAUUAUAAAUAUAUAUCUAAUGUUCACUUAAAUGCAUAACACAAUUAAAACAUUUGCAAUUAACACAUUUAAAACUAGAUUUAAGUUUGAAGCGAGCAUAUUUAGUUGCUUUCGUCGGCAUGGAUCGUAUUACAUUACCACUCCAAUUUUUUAUGUGAACUCUGCUCCUCAUCUAGGACACCUCUAUACAGCAUUGAUUGCUGAUGCAUCGCACAGAUUCCAACAACUUCUUGGCCAAAAUGAUACAUUUUUUGCCACUGGAACUGACGAACAUGGCUCAAAAAUUCAGCAGGCUGCAGUCAAUGCAAACAUGUCUCUCCCAGACUUUUGCAAAAGAAUUAGUGAUGAAUACAAAUUGAUGUUCACGCACUUUGAUGUAAAAUAUUCUGAUUUUGUAAGGACAUCGGAGGAUCGUCAUGUCUUAGCCGUUCAACACUUUUGGAAAGAGUUGAAAUGCCGUGGUCACAUAUACAAGGGAAGCUACGCUGGUUGGUAUUGUGUGGCGGAUGAAGCCUUUCUGACAGAGUCUCAGUUGAAAGUGCAAAAAUUGUCUGAUGGCAGAGAAAUAAAUGUCAGCUCUGAAUCAGGCAGAAUCGUUGAGUGGACCGAGGAGGAUAACUAUAAAUUCAAAUUGGCUCAUUUCAAAGACGACCUUCUUCAUUGGCUGAAAAAUGAAAAAACGGUCCAGCCUUUGAAAUUUCACAAGAUGCUUGUCCGAUGGAUAGAAGAGGGAGCCAUGGAUGCAGACCUGUCGAUAUCCCGUCCGGCGAAAAGAGUGCAUUGGGGCGUCCCGGUGCCUGACGACGCUGACCAGACCGUCUAUGUGUGGCUGGAUGCGCUCGUCAAUUACUUGACCGUAGUUGGCUAUCCGGGCCAAGUGUCAAAAUGGCCUCCUGUACAUGUGGUCGGCAAGGAUAUUCUCAAGUUUCAUGCGAUAUAUUGGCCGUGUUUUCUGCUUGCAAGUGGCUUAGAGCCUCCGAGAUCGGUUCAAGUUCAUUCGCAUUGGAUUAUUGAUGGAGAGAAAAUGUCGAAAUCACUAGGCAAUGUUGUUGAUCCAAUGCAGGCGGCUGACAAAUUCACAUCUUCUGGACUCAGAUAUUUUCUUCUACGCGAAGGAACUCCUCAUAGUGAUGCGAACUUCAAUGAGGAGAAAGCAAUAAAUCUAAUGAAUGCUGAACUAGCCGAUACACUGGGCAAUCUUCUCAAUAGAUGUACAGGGAAAACUGUCAAUGCGCUUCAGAUAUUUCCCAAAUUUUCUGCCGAAAAUUACACUAGAUACUGUUCUUCGAGUGCAGCGAUACUUCAAGAACGUCUCACAGUCCUACCUGAUGAGGUAGCUGACCAUUACAAACACUUCAAUUUCUACAGAGGAAUAGAAGAAAUUAUUCUGACUUUGCAUGAAGCAAACAGAUUCUUUGAAAGCAACAAACCAUGGGAACUACGAAAAUCAAAAGACAGUCGAGACCAUCUUGACAUUGUGUUACAUAUUGUGAUGGAAACUUUAAGGAUAUCGGCAAUUGGAUUGCAACCCAUAAUACCUGAACUUUCAUCAAUUAUUCUCAAUAAAUUGGGCAUUCCCUCGAACCAUAGAUUAUGGGGACAUAUGAAAUGUAGCUUUGCAAAGGAUAGUACUUCUGAGACUUGUGAACAAAGGAUAAUACCAAAAGAAAAUGUUUUAGUUUAUAAGAAGAUAGCGUUGAAAAAGUAGUUCAUAAUAUAAGAGACUGACCGAGUGCAGGGCAAUGCGCCGCUAGCAGUGUAUAAUUACUUAUUAAACUAUGAGAUUUUCACUAAAAGUUUAUGAUUUUAUAGUAUUAAAUAGUUUCAAGUAUAUUCUAAUAA